CUUUACUCUUUUUCUCUCUCCUUUUCAUAACCCAUUAGGACCAUCACACGUAUCCAUAUCAUUCCAAAGCAACCCCCAAAAAUCACAUCCUCUAUAUCCAACAUUUUCUUACAAUCUCUCUUUGUGUAAUCUUCUUCAAAAAGGAUCCACAAGUCCAAAUGAUGAUGAGGAAUCCGAACAAUACUACCACCAGAGACAAGAACAAGCCAAAUCAUGCAUGUGGUGGUAGUAACAACAAACCGAAGCUAAGAAAGGGACUUUGGUCUCCUGAUGAAGACGAGAGGCUCAUAAGGUAUAUGUUGACCAAUGGACAAGGAUGUUGGAGUGACAUUGCUAGGAAUGCUGGUCUAUUACGCUGUGGCAAAAGUUGUCGCCUCCGUUGGAUCAAUUACCUGAGGCCUGAUCUCAAACGUGGUUCCUUCUCUCCUCAAGAAGAAGAUCUCAUCAUCCAUUUGCACUCCAUUCUUGGUAACAGGUGGUCUCAAAUAGCUACUCGGCUUCCAGGAAGGACAGACAACGAGAUCAAAAACUUUUGGAACUCGACAUUGAAAAAGAGGUUUAAGAACAACAACAAUACUUCUUCAGGAUCAUCACCUAAUAAUAGUAAUAGUAACUCUUUGGACCCAAGAGAUCAACAUGUGGACAUAGGAGGCAAGUCAAAUCCAAUGAUGGAUGGCUAUCAUCAUCAUGAUGACACGAUGAUAAUGAGGAACACCAUGCGCACGGACCCUUCUUCAUUCAAUUUUGCACCCAUGGUUAGUGGUGUGGGCUUAAACAACCUUGAUCCCUUGAUUUCAGUACCGGAUCAUAAUCAAUAUCAACAAAUGGGAAACACAGGGAAUGUGUUCACUGGGUUAGGAGAUUAUGGAAAUGCAAUUAUUGAUCCGAUUAGCAAGGGAGCAUCAGUAGAAAAUGAAUGGUUUCUUACCCCGUCAGUGAAUGGCAAUGCCAUUGCUUGUACCACAAGCAACAACCUAAACGUAGAAGUCCUUGAUCCUUGCUUCAUUAAUAGCAAGACUAUGUGUCAUUCAGAAAGCUUCAAAGUAGGGAACAUGUUUAGCAUGGAGAAUGCUUCUUGGGAAACAGAAAACCCUAAAACUGGAGAUUGGGAUUUGGAUGGUCUCAUUGAUAACAACUCUUCUUUCCCUUUCCUUGAUUUCCAAGUUGAUUAACAAAUAUUUCCUCUCACAUUCUUCUCUUUACUUAUUUGUCCUUUAUUCAUUCUUCUAUUCUUAUUACUAUUUUUUUAUUAUCAAUGAUGGUUUAUACAUCUUUACAAUUACCAGAGCAGAUACUACCACUCACUAGGGAGCUCGAAUUUGAAGUUGGUCCUCUCCAUUCCAAAAGAAUCUCGUUUUAAUCAGUUGAGCUACUUGCGUUGGGUCUCGUUUAGUACAUGAAAUGUGAAUAGGAAGGUACAUUGAGAUUUAUUUGCUGAGGAGGUACUUAAAUAAUGGCCCACAUAAUGAGGUGAUUAGUUGGUUUAUUUGUAUAGUUUCUCUUUUUUUUUUUCAUUUUUUUGGGGCAGAAAUCCGAGUUUGAUGUGUAAAACACGGUUCCAUAAAAUGAAAGAAUUAUUCAUUUCAUUAUCUCUUAACCUAAGCUUUGGCUU